AUGUCUUGGGGGGGUUUCGAGCAGGCGAACCGAUAUAUCAUACCUAGUCUUGACGGCACUCUACCGGGCUACAUCGCGGAGGCCGACGCAGGCAUGUCUAGCGCGCCCACUCGCCAACUCAUGCGGACACAUAGGCCGUUCCAUGCUGUCAUCGUGGAUACCGACGGCAUACCUGUCCUUUGGUUACGUCGACCAUUCAGUUGGAUCAACUCGCGCAUGCGCGUGCAACGUCAGAGUUCAUCAAACGUCGAGGACAGCGAUGGAUCCGACUUGGAUACGCUCGGGGAGCUGGCGCAGAUUGACGAGCCUCCUUUAUCAUGGGAUUUCAACCUGCGCGACGCCGACGGCCUCCCGAUUGCGAGCAUGAGCAAGAAGCUACGCGGGAUUGCACGGGAGAUCUUCACUGAUACGAGUCAAUACUACAUCAACUUCAAGCCACGCGCGCGUCAAUUAUCUCCCAAAGAACGCGCGAUUGUGCUUGCUACAGCGGUCAACGUUGAUGUCGAUUACUUUUCUCGCCACUCUAAUAGAGGUGGUGGAAGUUGGCUGGGCGCCCUGCUCCUCUUCGAUAUCUUGGGUUGA